GUGAUUUACAUGACUCUCAAAUAACACACUAAUAGUGCCCUUAUCUUCUAGCACUCAUCCUAGCUUGAAAAAAGGAUGUUCCCAACACAAGAACACGUGUUCAUUCUUCUCCCACCUCCCAUCUCCACCACCCCUCUCCGAUAAGUUUCUCUUAUUUGUCGGGGCUGGAGAUGGAGUUUCAGAGCAGGAGGCGCGCAGUGCGCAGUAACCGAGAACAGUGAGAAAACAUCAGAUGAAAGAUCUCAGCGCAUGCCAGCUGCGAGGAACGGCAGAGGCGGUGAGUUAAAACUUGGACAAGAUCCUUGGGGCGUCUUUUCAAAUUGGAGUACACCUGGGGAGACAGGAGGAGUGAAUGAAGGUGGAAGAGGGUGCCAACGCACAAGUGCUAGACUGCGCCAAACCAAUCUGAGAUUACAAAUGACUCAGAUCCGUAUUUUUCCACCUUUUCCAGCCUCGGCUGAGUGAGUAUUCUUUAGUUAUGUGGAUUUGGAGAAGAGAAGGAGAUCUGCAUCGCUGCGUCCCAAGAGAAGCGCGCUAUUGUUGAGAGACGCGCGGAGAAAACUCCUGCGGUAAGCUUCUAAAAAAGAAUAAACUCGCUCCAGAUUGUGACUUUUUAAUAAUCUGCUCAGAAAUGAGGGAGAGUUGUGUGCUUGAGGUGUGAAGAAAGACGAAAACAUUUUGUCCUGAACAAACGCGCAAAAACACUGAUAUAUUUCGGGACAACUUUAGGGGUGAAGGAUGUCAGCGUUGCGGAAGAAAUUUGGGGAUGAUUAUCAGGUGGUGACCACCUCCUCCAGCGGCGGCGGGUUCAACCAGGCGGCCCCCGAGAAGAGAAAGAAACGCCAGCGCUUUGUGGACAAGAACGGCCGCUGUAACGUCCAGCACGGGAACCUGGGAGGAGAAACCAGCCGGUACCUGUCGGACCUGUUUACCACACUCGUGGACCUCAAAUGGCGCUGGAAUCUGUUCAUUUUCAUCCUUACCUACACGGUGGCGUGGCUCUUCAUGGCCUCGAUGUGGUGGGUCAUUGCCUUUAUACGUGGAGACCUUAACCAGGCCCACGAUGAUAAGUACACACCAUGCGUGGCCAAUGUGCACAACUUUCCCUCCGCUUUUCUCUUUUUCAUCGAAACCGAGGCCACAAUCGGCUACGGUUACCGGUACAUUACAGACAAGUGUCCGGAGGGCAUCAUUCUGUUCCUCUUCCAGUCCAUCCUAGGGUCUAUAGUGGAUGCUUUUCUCAUCGGCUGCAUGUUCAUCAAGAUGUCCCAGCCGAAGAAACGGGCAGAGACGCUGAUGUUCAGCGAGCACGCAGCUAUUUCCAUGCGUGACGGCAAACUGACCCUCAUGUUCCGCGUCGGUAACCUGCGGAACAGCCAUAUGGUCUCCGCGCAAAUACGCUGCAAACUACUCAAAUCCCGUCAAACUCCUGAAGGUGAGUUUUUGCCUCUGGAUCAACUUGAAUUGGAUGUUGGUUUCAGUACUGGAGCCGACCAGCUUUUCUUAGUGUCUCCUUUGACGAUAUGCCACGUGAUCGACUCCAAGAGCCCAUUCUAUGACCUCUCGCUGAGGUCCAUGCAGACAGAGCAAUUUGAGAUUGUGGUUAUCUUAGAGGGGAUCGUGGAGACCACUGGUAUGACAUGCCAGGCGCGUACCUCAUACACAGAGGAUGAGGUUCUGUGGGGUCACCGUUUUUACCCGGUCAUUUCUCUGGAGGAGGGUUUCUUCAAGGUGGACUAUUCACAGUUCCACGGCACUUUCGAGGUUCCCACACCUCCACACAGCAUUAAAGAACAGGAGGAGAGUUUGCUCCUGUCCUCGCCCCUGACAGCCCCCUCCCUCUGUCACAGUGCAGGCGGGGUGACAGAGGGCAGCGGUGCCCUGGAGGGUCUGGAACUCCAGAGCGAUGCAGAAACAGGCACCAUCAAUAUAGCAACACCCAUGCCCACCAACAAACUGCCUGCCAAACUUCAGAAGUUAACAGGGCGGGAUGUCCUCAUCCGGGACGGGAUGCCUCGAAAGCUUCUGCGCAUGAGCUCGGAGAUCACCUACAACCUGGGCGACCUGCCUGUCAAACUCCAGCGAAUCAGCUCAGCUCCAGGAGUGGCAGAGGAGAGGCUUCACCCAAUCAGUUCUGUAAUUAGCCCCAUGGAGGACAGGCUGGCUCCUAAGCUGGGCUUGGUGGGCGGAGUCGAACCCAUCAGCCAAUCAGUGUCAGACCUACCCCCAAAACUGCAAAGGUUGGCUGGAGGGGUUGGGGUAGGUGGAGUCGGAAUCGGAGGGAGAAUGGAUGGCCAUUUGCCUCCCAAACUGAGAAAAAUGAAUUCUGAGAGGUUCACAGGGUUAAGUUUAAAAUGAACAGACUUCUGUAUAUACAUGUUUUGCCCAUUUACCUCUUCUGAAAUUGCAAUGCAGUAAAAUGGACAAUCUACAAUUAUAGCAAUUUAUAUGUGGAUAAAAUAUUAGAUAAAUGCUAAUCCUCUGCACAAUCUGGCAUGUUUUUACCACAAACAGCAUGAAAGAAUUCCUUUUCAACACCUAAUUAUAGGUAAUAGGUAGUAUAACGAUAUUUAUCAAUGAUUCAGUAUAUACUCUUACUGUAUAUUAGCCUAAUAGCCAAACUUCUCUUGAGGGCUUGCCUAUAUUAUAUAUUAAAAUCUUAAAGAACAUCAAUGCAAUUAUCAGAGUUCAAUAUCAGUGAUCCCUGAUAAUACAUGACAACUAUAACCAAUGGCUGUUAGCCUGAGUUAGCCAUUUGGGGUUUUAUCAAUGGAUUGGUUAUCAGUUGCUCUGGUCUUUAAACAUUUUGGGGCAUUUACUGAAAUGUAAUGAAUUUUUGGAUGAACUGACUCAGGUUAUGUUUCAUUUUUUUAAUCUAUUGCAUGAUCUAUCAUUUCAUAAUCAAGCCAGAUUAUCUCAUGUUGAAGAUUAAGCCUUAACUAUAAGGUGCCAGAUAUAAAAUACUGUGAAAUACCAAACUUGACAGCCCAAAUGUCAACUUUUUUCUCUAAAAGUAUUUUAUAAAGAAAUUAGACAAUGUGGAGUUUUAAAUUGUCACUUUUUAAGAUUUUCUUAGCUACCUGUCGAAGAACAAGGCUUUUAGGAUCACACAGUAUUCUACAUUUGGUUCCUAAUACUUAACCGAGUUUAUAUAUGAUGUUUUGUCGAUGAUUGUUUUUUUGCUGUUCUCCGUUUAGCGGUUUAAACUUGAAACGUUGAAAUGUUAAAAUAUUUUCUGGACCUGAAUAACUUGAGUAUUGUGGACAGAUGGGUUAAAGUGGAAAAAACCCCAUCAAAGAUGGAAAUGAGCACAAUGGAUGUGUGUAUAUCAGUUUUACCUUGCUUUUUAGAUUUUGAAGAACUUGUCAACGUUGUUAUGGCUUUGUUUAUCUCUUGUGUUUGAAAACCGAAGCAAUAAUAUUAUAAAUUGCAGUGAAACCGCUGACUGGACAAAUCUUGUACCUUAUGUUACAUUAACGUUAAAUGGUUUUACAGUUUUCUUAUUGUGUUUAUCUCAAUAGAUUCUAUUCUACUUCUGACAAAUAUGAGAACGGCAGUUGGAGUGAUUUAUAAUACUGUAGUAAAUGUGUUGUGAUGUGUAAUAUGUCUGUUAUAAGAGGGAGCUAUUGAAGGAUGAAUGUCCAUCUGAAGCCAUCACCACAGUAAGUCCAAAAUAAAUCCAAGUUCAGAGUGGACUUGCCUAUGUUUAAAGCAUUUAUGCUCAUUAGUAUUGGCAGAGGUCUUCCCCACAAAUAAAGCAGUUUGAUCUGGUUUGACCCAGCUGUGUUGAUGCUGCUCUUUGGAGAAGUCACAUGGAUCGCUUCAAUAGCCUUGGGAAUUCUGUACUUUUACUGCUGUUCUGAAGGACUGUCUAUUGUCCAUGUGGGAAACAUUUUAUAUUCUAAAACGUAAAAAAAAAAAAAAUGUCUAUUUGUAAUCAUUAUUCCAGUGCAGCAAAACUUUAUCACACACAAACAUUUACCAUAUUUAAAAUAAAUAAAUAAAUAAAUA